AUGACAAAUAUAAAUAACAAUAACCUACCUCUGAUUAAGAAAGUUAGAGAAUUAAAAGAAAAAUAUAAAAUUCCUUCUUAUGAGAAGUUUAUGAAAACUUAUCAGGAAGACGAAGGAAUGGAUAAUAAUUAUUAUUAUGAAAUUGAUAGUUAUAAAGAUAUUAAAAUAAUCAGACCUUUUGAUCCAGGAUUUUUAGAUGAUUUAAAUCGUGAUGAUUUUGGAAAAGCUUUUGGGAGAAUUGAUAGCAGU